AUGAACGUGGCGUCGAUGAAGAUGAUGGCGAGGAUAAAUGACUAUGUGGUGCGGUGUUUGAUUCCGGCUGCGCCGUCGGGGUCGUUGGUAGCUUCUUCUCCUUCUGCGGUUGCGCCGCAGCGGCGUCGCGAGUCUGCGCCAUCCGAGUGCAUAAUCGAGUUGGUGUACGGCGCGUUUCUGUCUUCGGGAGAGUGUUGUCGGUGGCGGACGGUUCCUUGGGGUAGUGCUGGUUGGUUUACGGUCUCGUCGGCGGCUGCGGCGGACCCGUGGUACCAGCGACGUGCGUCUGCGCCUGUUUUGUUGGCGGAGCAGAGAGGACGGCGGACGAGUGCGAUAUGGAACGCACGAUGUAUCGAUUAUUUUGUGAUGUCCGACCAGGAGUUUGUGCAAUUUUUCGAGAACAGUCUGAGUCCAUUUGCACCAGCAGGAAGUCGGCGGUUGCAGAGGCUGAACUUUUACCGUUUCGUAUUGGAGAGCUACCGCAGUACGAACCCGUACCAUAACAAGUACCACGCGGUGCAGGUGUACCACGUGACCUGGCACAUGACGCAGUGCAUCCAGAGUUACUACCAUUACUGUUACCCAUUACUAAUUGCGGCAAUGAUCCACGACGUCGACCAUUUGGGGGUGACCAACAACUACCUCAUUGCCGUGGAACACCCCCUGUCCAUCCUCUACAAUGACAUGAACAUCCUAGAGCAACACCAUUGCGCAUUUAUUUUCACCGCUCUCUCCGAACGAAGUGACUUAGAUAUAUUCAGUCGGUUAGGGUCAGCCGAAAAACGAACCAUACGCAAGAUUAUUAUCCAACUCAUUCUUUCGACAGACAUGGCAAAGCACGCCAGUCUCAUGACCGCACUUACCACUCAUCUUGCGCCUAAAGCCAAGGAUCAAUACAGCCCAGACGAUCUCUUUAUCUUCGGUCAGGUUGUCCUCCACGCUUCCGAUCUCAGCAACCAACUCACUCCAUUCCCCUACUUCGUUCGUUGGGCCGGACUCUGCGUCGAUGAGUUCAACAGACAAGUCGAACUCGAAAAAAAAAACAACGUUCCCGUAACCACUUUCAUGAAUUGUACCAACGAUAAAUCUAUGAUCGAAAUGGAACUCGGCUUCCUAGAAUUCGUCGUACUACCACUAUGGCAACCUCUAGUACUCAUUGAACCUCAACUCAACCAAUGGGUCGAUACCGGCAGGCAAAAUGGCAAGUUCUGGAAAACUGCUAUACACAUCAACGACUUUCGGAAACCCACUAGACUCAAGAGCCUAGAAACCAACACCGAGGGCUUGGACAGAACCGAGGGCCUCGAGAGCGGCGAGGGCUUGGAUACAGCCGAGGAGUUUAACUCCCAGGAAAAGCAAUGCAAGUGCAAGCAAUGUAAGCGCAAGCAAUGUAAUUCCAAGCAAUGCAAGAUGUGCGAGCAAUGUAAGUACAUGGAAUGUAGGUCUACAGAAUAUAGGUCCUCGCGGGAGCUUGGACGGGAAGAAUCUGGUAACAAGGAAGCUGCACAUCCAAGUCCGGACACUUUUUCAACCGCCAAGACUCUCGACUCCGAAGAGGAUCACUGGUCGGAAAAUGACUCGCCUUCCGCACACGGCUUCGAAUCUGAAAAUGACCAUCGGUUGGAGAUAGAAGACGAUUUAAAAGAAUUGGGCGACAUCAGCACAGAGCUAACCGACUUGGAUAACCCAAGCGCACGUCUCUUUAUACGUAAAUGGCACUCGUAA